AUGGCCGCGCGCACCGCCGCACCUCGCGUGCAUCCCUCCCGACAGGACCAAGUGCCUGUGGAGCGACGUCGAAAACGCAAAAGACCCGAGGAGCACGCCGGCACGAAAUCCUUCAAAAAGGCCCAUGCCACCAACGACCUCAAGUCCGAGAUCCGCUCGUUGAAGCGCCUUCUCCAGCGCCGUGACUCCAUGCCUGCGACCGUGAGGGUGGAGAAGGAGCGCGCGUUGCAGACUGCCGAGCAUGCUUUGCAAAAGGUGGAGCGGGCGAAGAAGAGGAGUGAGAUGAUUGGGCGGUAUCACAAGAUUCGCUUCUUCGAGCGGCAAAAGGCUACGAGGAGGCUGAAGCGUGCGAAGAAGGCGUUGCGGGCGUGUGAGGAUGGUGAUGAGCGGCGGGAUGAGCUUGCGAGGGCGGUGGACGAUGCGGAGGUCGAAAUCAACUAUGCGAUCUACUAUCCGCUGGAGCAGCACUAUGUCUCGCUGUUCCCCCGAAAGAAGCAGAAAGACGGUGAUGGUGCGGAGGAGGAGGAAGAUGAGGUUGAGGAUGGCAAGGAAGAUGUUGAGCGGCAGGGCGAUGCCGAGAUGUGGCAGAUGGUGCGGCAAUGCAUGGCUGCCGGAACGCUGGACGACUUGCGCAAUGGCAGGCUUACACAAGGCGACUCAUCCAACUCUACCAGCACGCUGCCCGAUCCUGCUCAGGCGAGUGUGACAAGACCCGCCGAGAUCUCCGGUGCUACUACUGGACGCCGUGAGAUUGAUGGAGAGGACGAUGCCGACAGCGACGGCGGCUUCUUUGAAUGA